AUGAAAUGGAAAGCACGCUGCAAUUCGAAAGAUCUAGAAGAGGUAGUGAAAAUGGCUGAUACGAUUCCCUCGCAGCCCACUACUCAUUUGCAAAAGUGGGCUUCAUCGGGAUUGUACCUAUCGUCUAUUCGAUGAACGUAUCACAAAGAUAAGGAAGAGAAGAUAGUUGCAGUGAAAAUUGUACGACUUGGCGGCGGAAAUCCGGAUGCCGAAAUGAAUUGUUUGGGGGAGUUGAAAAACGAGGCGCUAAUAAUGUCACUGCAUCGGCAUCGAUUUCUUAUCGAAUUCUUCGGUAUUUCUUCGGAUAAGGUGAUCUUUACAGAAAGCCAAACAGUUACCGGUUGA